CUCAUCAGAAAAAGUCAUUUUAAAAUGAAAAAACCCAGUUAAUUCGAUCAUUUCAGCUCAGUCUUUACCCACCUCCUUGUCUGAAGAGUGUUGCUCGUCGAUCGUUCUUUCUCUUCACCCAUCACAGCCGGUAAACCGUACACCCAUCACCGGCAGUGACUUUGUCGGGCAAAUGGAGUUUUUGCUUUUAUUUUUAUAUAUUUUUUGAUUUCUUUCUUAUUUUCUCGCUUUUGGGUAAAAAAAUUUUCAGAUCUGGGAAGUUACUUUGUGUUUGAAGUGUGUAGGUGUUUUGUGUCCAUUUGGGCUUCUGAAAUUCAGAUCUACAGUUAGCUUCUGCCACGUGUUUGUUGUAGUUAGCUCUUAACCUUUAUCUUCGUGCUUUCAUCUAGGCUCCUGUAUUAGGGGAUUCAAUUCCAUAUCUUUCAAAGCUACGCAAUUCAGAUCUAUAAUUUCUAAUGGAUUUAAUGGGCAUGGAAACGGACUCCUCAUCUUUCCCAAGUUCCUUUUCUUCUUCUGUCGCCCGAUGGAAGUAUGAUGUGUUCCUCAGUUUCAGAGGUGAGCACACCCGCAACACAUUGGCGGACCUUCUAUAUGAUGCUUUCAAUCAGAAGGGCAUUAACGCCUUUAAGGACGAUGAAAAACUUGAGAAAGGAAAUACUAUUUCGCCAGAGCUUUCAAGAGCAAUAGAAGAAUCGCGAUUUGCUGUUGUCAUUUUCUCAAAAAACUAUGCAUCUUCGACUUGGUGCUUAGAUGAACUUGCAAAGAUCAUUCACUGCGAGGAACACAUGGGAAUGCAAAUUCUGCCAGUUUUUUAUGACGUGGAGCCCUCUGAUGUGCGGAAGCAAAUGGGAACUUUUGCACAGGCUUUUAUUGAACAUGAAAAACGUUUCAAGGAGAAUAUAGAGAAGGUGAAGAUGUGGAGAGAUGCUUUGACUCACGUGGGCAAUCUCGCUGGAUGGCCUUUAAUGAAUAGGCCUUUCUCACAAGUUAUUAAAAGCAUUGUGAGGCUUAUAUGGCAUAACUUGAAUAAUGAUGCAUUCUCAGAAGUUACCAAGGGCCUAGUAGGAAUAUACUCUCAUGUGGUGGAAUUGGAGUCGUGUUUAGAUGUAGGGUCAAAUGAUGUUCGCUUUGUAGGGAUUUGGGCGAUGGGGGGAAUGGGUAAGACAACUCUUGCUUGGGUUGUUUAUCAUAUGGUUUCUAAAGAUUUUGAAGGUUGCAUUUUUAUUGAGGGUGUUCGGGAAAAUUUUGAAAAAUAUGGUUGUGUUGCAAUGCAACAAAAAAUUAUUGAACAAAUUUUGAUGGAAAAGGAUUUGAAAAUAAAAGAUAAGUAUGAUGGAGUUAAAAAGAUCAAAAAUGUGUUACAUCAUAAAAGAAUUCUUCUUGUUCUAGAUGAUGUAGAUAAACUACACUCGUUAAACAUGUUAGCUGGGGAGCAUGAUUGGUUUGGCCCGGGCAGUAGAGUUAUCAUAACAACAAGAGAUCGGCACGUGUUGGAGACACAUGGAGUAGAUGAAAUAUAUGAAGUUAAAGGAUUGAAUAAUGAAAAUGCUCUUCAACUUUUUUGCUUGAAAGCUUUUAAAAAAGAGCAUGUCCCUGAUGAUUAUAUAGGGUUGUCUAACCAUUUUUUGGAAUAUGCUGGAGGCCUUCCUUUAGCUCUUGAGGUUUUGGGUUCAUUUUUGUUUGGAAAAAAUAUUGCUGAAUGGAAAAUUGCGUUAGAGAGGCUCAGAGAAUAUCCUAAUCCAGAAGUUUUGCAUGUACUUAAAAUAAGUUUUGAUGGACUCCAUUACUUAGAGAAGGAAAUAUUCCUAUAUAUUGCAUGCUUCUUUAAUCAUAAUAUGAAAGAUCAUGUUGUAGAAGUAUUGGAUAAUCUUGGCCUUUAUGCUAGUAUUGGAUUGAAGGAACUCAUUGAUAAAUCUCUUUUGAAAAUUAUGGAUCACAAUGUAGUGUGGAUGCAUGAUUUAGUUGAAGAAAUGGGUAAGAACAUAGUUUUUCGAGAAUGUCCUGGUGAUCCUGGGAAGCGUAGUAGACUGUGGUUUUAUGAGGACAUUGACAAAGUAUUAAGAAAAAAUGAGGGAACAAAAGCAGUUCAAGCUAUGGAUAUUUGGGGUGGUUAUUUUCUUGAAGGAGAAGGGGCAACUUGGAACCCUGAUGCCUUUUUGAAGAUGUACAAUCUUAAAUUUCUUAGAGUUAAUUCCAUUGACUGUGUCCCCACACAUCUUCCUGAUGAUUUAAGAAUUCUUGAUUGGACCAAGUAUCCUUCAAAAUCUUUGCCAUCAAGUAUCCAGCUAGAUGAGCUUGUUCAGCUUUGUUUGCAAAGGAGCAAAAUAGAACAACUUUGGAUAGGAAUAAAGCAUUUUCAAAAGUUGAAGUUCAUUGACUUGACUGAUUCCUCAAACCUGAUCAUAACUCCAGACUUCACUGGAGUCCAAAAUCUUGAGAUAUUAGUUCUAAAUGGUUGUGAAGAAUUACGCGAGCUUCACCCAUCCAUCGGACUUCUUAAAAAGCUUGUUCGUCUUGAUCUAAUGUGUUGUGAAAAACUAGUUGGUCUUCCUAGCACCAUUUGUUGUUUGAAAUCACUUGAAUCUCUAGAUCUUUCUAGAUGCUCAAAUUUUGAGAACUUGCCCGAGAAUCUAGGAAAUGUCAAAGGUUUAAAAAGGCUAGAUUUGAGUGGGACAGCUAUAAAAGAGUUGCCUUGUUCAAUUGAAUGCUUGCCAAGGCUUACUUCAUUGAAUAUACAUGAUUGUGAAGAUCUUGUUUGUCUUCCUAACACCACUUGUGGUUUUAAGUUCCAUGGUGCUCUUGAUCUUUCAACAUGCUCAAUAUUUAAAAACUUGCCAGAGAACCCAUGGAUAAUCGAUGGUCUAGGGAAGCUUGAUUUGAGUAAAACAGCUAUAGAAGAGUUACCUUCAUCAAUUGAACACUUGAUUGGCCUGACUUCAUUGACUCUUAGGAGUUGCAAAAAUCUUGUGUGUCUUCCUAGCACCAUUUGUAGUUUGAAAUUGCUUGAAUCUCUAGAUCUUUUUGGAUGCUCAAAUUUUGACGAGUUGCCUGAGAAUCUAGGAAAUAUCAAAGGUUUAAAAAGGUUAUAUUUGAGUGGAACAGCUAUAAAAGAGUUGCCUUUAUCAAUUGGCUGCUUGACAAGCCUUACUUCAUUGAAUAUAAGCGAUUGCAAAAAAUUUGUGCAUCUUCCUGGCACCAUUUGUAGUUUGAAAUCGCUUGAAUCUCUAGAUCUUUCUGGAUGCUCAAAUUUUGACAACUUGCCUAAGAAUCUAGGAAAUGUCAAAGGUUUAAAAAGGCUAGAUUUGAGUGGAACUUCUAUAAAAGAAGUUCCUUCCUCCAUUGUUCUCCUUAAAAAUCUUGAACAAGUUCUUGUCCAUGGAUUGAAAGAAACAUUAUUUUCAUUUAAUUCCAUGCCAACGAGUCAAUUGCCUUCCUUAUUAGGUGUGCAUUCUUUAACAUACUUGGAUCUUUGUGACUGUAAUCUUUCGUCUAUCCCCAAUGAUAUUGGCAACUUGUCUUCUUUAGCACACUUAAAUCUAUGUGGAAAUAAUUUUGUUUCCCUUCCUAAAAGCAUCUCUCAACUCUCUAACCUUCAAACACUCAAUUUGGAGGGUUGCAAAAGGCUUCAAUCAUUGGAAAAUGUUCCAUUAACUGUUGAAUUCAUAAUUGCAAACAAUUGUACUUCACUGGAGAGAUUGCCAGAUCUACAAAAUCAUCCUUUUAGGUCAUGUCCCUCCCGUUUGCUUUUCACGUAUCUCAACUGCUUCAAAUUGGUUGACAAUAUUCAAAGUGGAAGUAAGCUGCUUAAGGGACAAAUUGGUAGACUACCAAACAUGUUAGAGAUUAUUAUUCCUGGAGGUGAAAUUCCAAAAUGGUUUAGCCCUGCAACGUUUAUUUUGAAAAGUACCCCACGAAGUAAGCUUCAAGUGUUGACGGGUCAUACAUGGAAGAUACAACUACAAGUGCCGUCUUGUGGGUGUGAUGAGCUGAUGGGAAUUGUGUUGUGCAUUGUUUUUGUACCCAACGGGUCAUAUCAAAGCAAUUGUGCAUUUGAGGUACAUGGAUUUCGAGGGGCAGUUCCAGUAAAAUCCAAUUUUGCAAUAGAUUAUGGUAAAUUUGAGUCACCUACCAUACUAGACUCUGGAUUUAUGACAAAUUAUGGUAAAGUUGAAUCACCUCACCUUUGGCUGCUCUAUUUGUCCACUCACUAUUCUGGCUCCAAUUGGGGAGAAACAUUUAGUCAAAUUGAUGCAAAUGGAACUCAUCAAUUUGAGAUUGAAAUAUCUUCCCCAGAAUAUGAGGUGGAGAAAGUUGGGUUCCAUUUGGUAUACAAACAAGACAUCGAGGAUCUCAAUCAAACUAUGGCACAAUGCUGCAACAACAGCAUGCUCUAUGAGGAUUUGGGUGAUCUCCAUCAUGAUCAUUACAAUUCAGCUGUAGAAGGUUUCAAAAAUAAGCGAAGCAAUGAUGGGGAUGACGGGGUUGGACCUAGCAGAAAAGGCUACUCUAAUAAGAAACCACAGCCAGAGAGGAUUCAGAGACUCGGAAGAUUUAUGGCUGAUUCUGAGGAUUCUAGUCAAAGGGAAAUUUUUUACUUCAAAGAAAAAACUGAAGAUGAAGUAGCGUCAGAGCCUCAUGGUAUGGUGAUUGAUGUUAAAGAAGUUAAGAUGACUAAUUCAAGUGGACAAAAGAAAUUUGAAAUUGAAGAAAUUGGGAAUAAAGCUUCUUCACAAUUAAGACAACCAGAGGGUAUACAGGUUGAGGAAAUGCAACUGCAAGCAUCAAGUGAAGCAAUUAUGAUCCUUAAACCCAGUGAGAUGGAACCAGAAGCAAGUGAGCAACAUGGAUUAUUUCUCAUGCAGGGUGGUUUAGUAUUAACUAAGCUGCCAAAGGAUGAGGAUUGGAAGAAUGCCAAAGAGAUUUACUUGAUGGACAAUGAGUUGUCUGAUUUACCUGAGAAUCCAAGUUGCCCCAAUCUGUCAGCUCUGUUCCUUCCAAGAAACUACAAAUUAAGAACGAUUCCUCAGCCAUUUUUUAAUUUCAUGCCAGCCCUUCAAAUCCUGAACUUAUCUAGGACUGGUAUCAAGUCUCUGCCUGAUUCUCUUAUCAGAUUGGUAAGCCUCAAAAGAUUGUUUCUAAAUAAUUGUCACCGUCUCAUGAUUUUGUCACCGAAAGUUGGAGAUCUCAAGCAACUUGAGGUUCUUGAUCUCGAAGGGGCAAAUAUUAUGGAUUUACCCAAGGAGAUUAAGAAUUUAACUAAUCUGACAUGCUUGGAAGUUUCAUUUUAUGGAUUUACAAGUAAUGGUAGGAGAACCAUGCAAUCAAAUGCUGUGGUUCCUUGUGGGGUACUUUCUGCAUUGUCUCAGUUAGAGGAGCUGAAUAUUGAUGUAAAUCCAGAUGACGAGCGGUGGGAUGCAUUUGUGGAAGAUAUUGUUAAUGAAGUAUGUACCUUAAAGAGGUUGGAAACUCUUAAAUUCUAUUUUCCAAGGGUGGAACUUUUGAGUCACUUCCUGUGGAAUAGCCUAUUACUUCCUAAUUUCAGAUUUACUGUUGGUCACCAUGUCAAGCGCAUUUUGUCUCGAGUCCCUUCUGAUGCUGAGUUUGAGCUGGAACGAUGGGAGAGAUGCUUGAAAUACAUAAACGGUGAGGGUGUCCAUAGGGAUAUUAAGAAAUUACUCCAACACGUGACUGCAUUUUUCUUGGACAGGCAUGCGACUAUUAAGAAGCUAUCUGAUUUUGGGACUAAAAAUAUGAAACAGCUAAAAUGCUGUGUUGUGGGGGAAUGUAAUGAGCUUCAAGUGAUUAUAGAUGCAGCAGAUGCUUAUGGGGAAGAUGGUAUAAGUGAAAUAGUAUCUGAAUCAUAUGGUGCUGAAAGAAUUGUUCUUGGAUCACUUGAACACCUGUAUAUAUAUUAUAUGAAGAGUUUAAGGAGCAUAUGGGAGGGGCCAGUACAGCAAAAUUCUUUAUUUCUUCUCAAGUCCUUGACAUUGAGCACAUGUCCCCAAUUGACCACUAUUUUCACGCAAGGGUUGCUUGAUAACCUAUGCAAUUUAGGAGAGCUUAAAGUGGAAUACUGCCACUCCAUCAAAAGCAUUGUAAGCUGCGAAAUCUCUGCUGAGCAUGGUACCUCUUAUUUUCUCCCAAAUUUGAAGAAGAUUUCACUUCAUUGCGUGCCUGGAUUAGUUAGCAUCUCUAAUGGUUUACACAUUGCACCAAAGUUAGAAUGGUUGAGUUUUUAUAAUUGCCCAAAUCUUAAGAAUCCAUUAAUUGAUGAAGUUUCUAGUCAAGAUUUGAAAAAGAUAAAGGGUGAGAGGCGUUGGUGGGAAGAAUUAGAGUGGAGCAAUGGUCGUCCAGGUUAUUUGGAUGAAAUUUUUGUUCCAAUUGAAGUAAGGGAUUUCUGAGCACUUUUAAUGUUCCCUAAUCAAAAUUAGUCUCUGCAUUGCCUUGUGGAAGCUCAUUGGUGCAAUGUCAAUGACUGUAUAAUUGUUAGCUGAGGCAUCCUUGGACCACUUUCUGUUUGCUGUGUUUAUGCUCUUGUAGCUGCUUUGGCGGUGAGACACUACAUUGAAUAUAGUCACUCUAGCCCGAUGUAUCUUUCUCAUGCUAUUUGUGAAAAAUGUAUUGUGUUCAGAGCACUCACAAGAGUGUAGCUAAAAUAGCUAUAGCUAUUUUAGCUACACCAAAACACAAAAAUUCACACUACAGCAGUGGAGCUAGUGGAGCUAAAGCAGUUCAGAAUUUCAGCCACAGAUUGUUACCAGAGAUUGAGGAUGAGAAAAGGUGUGACCUUUGUGGGGUUGAUGCUAAAUAAGAAGAAGAAGAGGGUGUUGUAGAGAAAGAAGAAUAGGGAGUUGGGUUAUGUAAAGGAGAGAGACACAGAGAGGGAGUUGGGUUUUGAUCUUUGUUGGUUUUGAUGUGGUGGCGUGGUACUGGUUUUGGUGACUUUUUCUUGUAUCAAAAAAAGAGAAGUGACCUGUGAGCUAAUCUAAUUAAAAUAAAGAAAAGGGUGUUGUCUCUCUCCUCACUGCCUCUCCUCACUGAAAUUCUGACACUCAUUGCCUAGGUUCAAUCUCUGGUAAAAUAAAAAUGAUUUUUCUGCUUUCUUUUUUUUUGUUCUUCUUCACUGGUUUUGAUGGGCACAGGGUUGUGGUUGUGCAGUGAUUUUUGUGGGUUUGAUGGUGGGUGUGGUUGUGUGGUAGUGAUUGAAUGAAAUAUUAUUUUAUUAUAGUGUUUAUAUUAUUUUAUUGUGUUAAAAGCUAAAAUAGCUCAACUACUGUAGAAUGUGAGAAGGUAAAAUAGAUAAAGUGACUUUUUGUGUAACUAAAAAGCUAAAAAUUUAGCUUUUUGAUCCUCUAAACACAAUGCUAAUGAAAUCCAAGUUCUUGAA